AAAACUAUUUGUUUCGGUUUAGAUUUUGGAUUUCUUUCUGGAUUUGUAUGUCAUAUAAUUUUUCAGUUGUAAUUGUGAAAUGCUUCGGUAGUGAAUGCAUAAAUAAGCAGUUUAUCUUGUUCUGCAAUUGGUGAAGUGAAUACAAGCAUAAGAAGGAAAAAUUAUUGAAGGUCUUAUAUUCUACAAAAGCAAUCUCCGAUAACAUUAUAUGCUUUUCAUCCUAUUGAAACUACAAAGUAUGGAUAUCUUAAAACCAAAAUUAGUGUGGAUUGAAGGCAGGUGCUAUCGACAGCUCCCCAUACGGAAAACAGAAAUUGAACAUGAAGAAGAUGAAUUUAUUCAACCAAUGAAACCUCAGAUUAGAAGAGAUGAAGACUUUGAAGAUACAGACCUUUCUGUUAAGCAUCAAGGAGAUAAAUUCUUCAUUGUUAUUACUAUUCCAAAAGAGCUUAUAAAGUUUAUCAUAGGCUCGAAAGGUGCGACAAAAAGGCAAAUAGAAGAAAGUACCUCUUCAGAUCUGAGCAUUCCAGAUAAAAAAGAAAUAAAGGAUAAUGAUGAAGCUGAUAUAUCAAUUACUGGAAAGUCUGUCAGCUCUGUUGUCAGAGCAUACCACCGAAUUGAAAAUAUAGUCGAAGAUGUGCGUUGGAGAGUUAUGGAGUAUACACAUUUCAUUUCUAUUCCCAUGAAUGAUGAAAAUAUUAUAGAAAAGUAUUUGAAAUUCAAAGAUGAUGUUUUGAGAACAUGUAGAGGGUCUACAGGUAUAUCAGAACAAAUAUUCAUAUCUCCUGCUGAACUCCACUUAACUAUCGUCAUGCUUACUUUAUUAACUAAACGUGAAAAAGAAGAAGCUGCAGCAAUAUUGCAGAAAACAAGGAAUGAAAUAUUACAGCUACUAGAUAGAAAGCCUUUACAAAUAGAAAUAAAAGGAGUAGAAUAUAUGAAUGAUGAACCCGAAGAAGUUAGAAUUUUGUAUGGGAAAGUUCAAGAAAAAGAAAACAAUAAUUGUUUGCAGAUUAUAGCUAACAAAUUAGCAGAUACUUUUUCUAUGAGCCCUCUGGGCAGAAAAGAGGCAUCAGACGAUCCUAACAAUGUGAAACUUCAUGUUACUCUUAUGAGAGGUAAACCCGGUGUUAAAGGUUAUAGGGAACCAUUUGAUGCCUCUCAAAUAUUAGAAAAAUAUGCGAAUUAUUCAUUUGGACAGACAACAGUGUCACAAAUACAUGUAUCCAUUCGUUUCACUUCAGGGAAAGAUAGUUAUUAUAAGCCAUUUUAUGUACUUGAAUUGUGAUAAUUAUCAUGAAUGAAGAAAUAAAACUUAUAUAUAUAA